GCGUGCCAUGCGCGCGGGGGGGCGGGCCCGGCGGCGUUAACCCCUCGGCGGCCGGUGCCGGUGGUGACGGUGACCCCCGGGGCCCGGGCCCCGCGCCAUGGCCCGGGCGGCCUGAGGGCAGCGGCAGACGGAGGGUGUCGGGAGGGCCCCAUGCGGUGCGGGUAGCGCCGGUCCCCGACGGAGCGCAGCCCAACGCCAUGGCCGACGCGGCGUCCGCCGAGCCGGGGCCGGAGCCCGAGCCCGAGCCCCAGUGCGAAGCGGAGCCCCGCGGCGAGCCGGAGUCCCGGCCCGAGCCGCAGCCGGAGCCCGAGCGCGGAGAGGCGGCGGACGGCGAGGCGGGUCGGCUGCCGGCCCCCGGGGCGGAGGAGGCGGCGGAGGGCGCGGGCGGAGCCGAGGGGCGGCCGGCGGCGGGAGGAGCGGCGCGUCCCGGCCUGGGCCCGCGGUACCGGCCCUCGGUGGGGCGCACCGAGGAGUGGCCGGUGAAGAAGAAGCACCGGCGGCGGCCGUCGAAGAAGAAGCGGCGCUGGAAGCCUUACUCGAAGCUGAGCUGGGAGGAGAAGCAGCAGUUCGACGAGCGGCAGAGCCUCCGCGCCUCCCGGCUGCGCGCCGAGAUGUUCGCCAAGGGGCAACCGGUGGCCCCCUACAACACCACGCAGUUCCUGAUGGAGGACCACGACCAGGAGGAGCCCGACCUGAAAACCGGGCUGUACCCCCGGCGAGCGGCCGCCAAGUCGGACGACACGAGCGAGGAGGAUUUCCUGGAGGAGGCGGCGGAGGAGGACGGGGGCAGCGACGGGAUGGGGGGCGACGGCAGCGAGUUUCUGCAGAGGGACUUCUCGGAGACCUACGAGCGGUACCAUGUGGAGAGCCUGCAGAACAUGAGCAAGCAGGAGCUGGUGAAGGAAUACCUGGAGCUGGAGAAAUGUCUCUCCCGCAUGGAGGAGGAGAACAACCGGCUGAGGAUGGAGAGCAAAAAACACGGGGGGGAAGCGACGGAGACGCGGGUGCGGCAGCUGGAGCUGGAGGUGGACAGGUUGAGAGCGGAGAACCUGCGGCUGCUGCGGGAGAGGGACCUGAGCGGGCAGGACCCCUGCAAGCAGGGGGAGUGACACUGGGGGGCGGGGGGGACACGGGGGGGUUUUUACAGCGGUGGUGUCACAGGCUACACCUUGUACAGAGAGCGGGGACCCUUUUUAACGAGAGGAAAGCGCGGGGGGGGGCCAGGCCCCUCCUGCGUUGGGGUGCUGUGAAGGGACGGUGGGGUUGAUGUAUUUGUGACACUUGGUUUAUGAGUUGAUUUUAAGGUUGGGGUUUUUUUGUGUGUCUAAACCAAAAAAAAAAAAAAAAAAAAAAAAAAGAUCCCCAGGAAAGCUGUAAAUUGGCCAAAACUGACUAUAAAAAAUACAGAGGUCUAAUAAAUUUAAUUACUUGUAACUGUAA